CUUACCCUCACCCCAUCACCCCCACCCCCACCCAAACAUGGGCGAAGGGCCCACCUGGAAGCGAGAAAUCGUCCCAGACCAUAAAUUCGACUUUAUCGACACUCGCGAGUUUCAAGACAAUGGCUUUGGCAUGCGAAUGAAGUACCUCUGGCUUUAUGCCAUCGUCCUCAAGUCCUUCCUUGUCUACGUCUCCGAUAUCUUCACCGCCGUCACCAUGUUAACUACCGACUCCUGGUCGAACCAAAUCUUCAACAGCUGCCCUUCCACUCAGGACAACGGUUGCGUGUUCAUUCCCUUCACCAUCGGCAAAUGGCUCUUCGUGGGAUGCAUCAUCUUCUCCUUCUUGCUGCUUGCAUACGAAGCCCGGAAGUCGAAGAAGAUUAUUGCCAGUCGUGACAUCUCGUAUGCGUUCACAAACGUCAUGGCCAAUCACUACUACUCCCUCAGGUCUUACGACCAUUUCUGCUUCUUCUCGCACAUCUCCGAGUCAACCAAGAAGAAGGAUGACUUUGCCUUCUUCAUCUUCUUCACCUUCAAGAGUUGGAAACGAUUGUUGCUAGCUGAUGGUCCCCGUCAGGUCAUUAACGCCCUCACCCUUUACGCUAUCUACCUUGCCAAGAAGGACGAUGGCAACUGGUACGAUAUCGGGAAAUAUUUCGCAAACAACACAUUCAUCACUACCGCCCUCACCAUCACCACCCUGUUCACUGUCCUGGUCUUUGGUGGUUCGCUCCUGCUCCUCAUAGUCGCUGGUGUCUGUUAUAUCCCUCUUCUCUGCUACAUCCAAGGAAAUUUGAAGGAAUACUGCUGUCACAAAGUCGAUAAGCGUAUCGCUGAUAUCAUCAAGCGUCGUAACAAACAACGUCUUGCUAAAGCAACUGCUCUCGCCAAGAAAGAAGCUGCCGGCGAUUACUCUCACUUAAAGAACAAGAAGGGUGAAAUGGUCGCCAAACCCCUCCCUCAACCCACCCUACCCAACAUCUCUCUCGACGACGACUUCGACGAUGCUGCCUCCGUUAUGACUCGUGGUACUCGCGGGCCAGCCGCCUCCAAUUACAAUGGCAGUGACUACUUCUACGCCUCUGAGACCAAGAGCGCGCUCGACUAUCCCCCGAUGCCAGCGUACAACCCUUACUCGCACCAUCAGGAGCCGAACGGCUAUGCACAAUAUAAUCCGUCCGUUCCGAACAUUGCGGAGGAACCGGGAGCGUACGAGGACGAGUAUGGCAGCACUGCACACCUCACGACAGCCGCGCAACCCUACGGACAAGCUAGCCCUGGGAUGCAUAAUCCGUACAGUCCUGGUGCAGGAGACUACGUCGCCGAUCCAUACGAUGUGUACUCCGGCAAUGUUCAACAGGGCCAUACGGAUCAAUAUCACGCGACGCACCAACAGCGACCAUCAGAUACCUCAGACGGACUCGCGUAUGACGCUCAACCCAUGAGCGACUAUGGCGCACAGCAGCAGUACGGGCAGCAGCUAUACGCUCAACACCAAUCGCCAUAUGGACAGCGAGCACCAAGUCCAGGGUAUGGACAGUAUCCGCAGCGCGCACCGAGCCCGGGGCAGCAGGCACCUGCGUAUGAUUAUGGAGGUGGCGGAGGAGGUAAUUAUGGUCAUGCCAUGUAGGAUUAGCGCAUCAGUAGUAUCAGUUCGUUUGCGUUAGGAUGUCUCUGUCCUGGACGUUGGUUCAUUUCCCUUUAUUCUUCAUCCUGUUGCCCUCGAUAGAUGGUCCUCUUUCGACCCGUCGUCCCCUGUACAUCCCACUUGGCAACCUUUUCCUCCAACUUCCUUCUUAUCUCUGCGUACACAUACCCUUGGUAGCAUAACCCCCCACACGGUCACUCCUUCGUUCCACUCCAGCCCCGCGUACUUCAACACUUCACUUCUUCUUCUUCGCCUUUAAAUUGUUGCCACUGCCGCAAUGGAGUGAUUUAGUCGGCAGUUUCUUGUCCCUUCUAUUUUUUUAUUCUUUUUCCCUUUCUGUCGCCUUCGAGGUUGUGGAGUCAGUUCAAAUCGGUGCGUUUCAAGAAGCAGAGUGGUCCGAAUGUUGAUCGUGAGGGCGUUUUGCGUUUUCCCCUUCUGCCACCGUAUAGUAUAGCAG